GAAAACAAUUCAGCAUUUAAAGUUAUAAUCCUUGAGGUGUCUGUCCUGGUUGAAGGUUACAGUGGAAACAGCAAGUGCUUGAGCUUUGUCAGAAAUACAACACGAGAGCAACUGGCUCAUGAUAGUUCAAGACAAAAAAUGCCAACAGUGUAAAAAUGAUUUUACAUUAUUAAUAAUCAACUGCAGUCAGUCCUUGUGACAAAAUGCACUCGUUCCUGCGUUUGCUUCACAAUAAACGGCAACCAUGCAUUUCACAGUAAAGCCGGCCUUCACUUUGGGGAAACACGGUCAAACUAGCCCCCACGUUGUUGUGUGGUUAUUGCAUAUAUAUCAGGUGUUAUGGUAAGAUUUUUUUAAAAUAAAAGCAACACUCUACCACCUCAGCAGAGUUGAGUUUCACUCAGACAAUAUCGGUACAUUCUGAAAGUACAGCUCUCUAAAAUGUCAUGAGCUAUGUUCCCUCUAAAUUCUAAUUCAUAUUGAAAGGGAUCAUCCUGUUUCCAUUUCACUUCAGAACGUUACACCACCUCAGCGUGCAACUCAAGGCGGCAUCGAGACAUGCUGAUGUGAAAUUUCCAAAUUAUAGCCCUCAAAAAUGUAAUAUUAGCCACGUUCCCUCUAAGUUCAGAAUAUAAAUUAAAAGGAAACCUCCCAUUUCCAUAGACCAAUUUUACUUUGCAAUGAUGGCAGACUCUCUGAGUGCAACUGGACAUUAUUCUGUUGAAUAACUAGAACCAAAGCCAUCUAAAAUGUUGCUCAUGACAUUUUAAGAUGGCUGGAUGCCCAAGCUGGGCUGACUGCACUCAUUUAACCAGGUGAAUGCUAUUAAUGUAAAUCCGCAGCAGUAGGACGUGUUCAGUUCGCAUUAGCAGUAAACGAAUACAGCUCUGAUACAGUGAAGCUGCUCUGUUGGAUAUAUACUCUGCAUCGUUAUCUGGUAAUCUCAAGUGUGAAAGUAUUUUAAUUUUAAUCUGGCGUGACUUUCCUACUGAUGAAAACUGCUAUAUAAUUACAGAAUGGAAAUACAUUAAAGGGUUGUGGCAGAAAAAUAUGUUGACCAUGAAUAGCAUCUAGAAUGAGGUUUGAUUUUGUUCAAAUUGAAUGGAUUAUAACUUUUAAAAAGUGGCUUGUGCUGUCUGUCACUCGUCAGUAGAGCAAUUCAACCAUUUUAUUUUCUCUUAGUGUCGAACUGUUUUUCUGUUGCUCAACUUCCUGCUUGCGUUUGUGUUUCUAUAAGUAUAUUUCCUAAACAUCUAUGGUAAAUUAGUAUUGAUUAUACAAUAAAAGGGAAUGGGAGUAUUGCACAGCCUGAACAUCACAGAACAUUUCAAUUGACAAUGGUAUCAUUAUGUUUUGUAGAAGCCAACGUAUUAACUUGCUGCCGUUACUAUGAACACAUUUAAUAAAUCAUGGCACCGCUAAAGGAAGCGGUGGCUUCAUUUGCAAAGACGACUCGUGGGUUUUUACAGUUUGUUUGUCAGCGAAACCGUCGCGACAUUAAGAGAAAUGGAACGACCGGCUCAUUUUUCCCCCAGCAUGACUCUUUGUUGGAGAGAAUGAUCUGAAAAAUGGAAAAGUAGAGAAAGGAGCUGAGACACCAUUCCAUUAUUAUAGAAGGGUCAUAAAAACAGAACCAUUACCAUCAAGGACACCAUUAUAAGAGGGCAUUUAUUCAUCAUCAUCAUCAUCAUCAUCAUCUGCUUCUGCUGCCGCCUCCUCUGCUCCCACAACCCUACUGCCAUGACCAUUCCCCCCCCCCAUCAUCAUCAUCAUCAUCAUCAUCUACAUCUACCCUCAUCAUCAUCUACCCUCAUCAUCAUCAUCAUCAUUAUCAUCAGCCGCAGCAGCCUCACCAUUAUAGUCAUCAUCAUCAUCAUUAGGCUCCGUAAUCAUCCACGAGGGGUUUCCGUGGGGCAGAUAAAAGGGCAGUGUCGACUCUCGCCUUCCUCACAUUUCGGCUCGGCGUCGGUGAAGGAGGGUGGUUUUUCUCUCCUGGCUUCUUGUUCGCUCUCAAUAGAAGACGCUGAAUCCCGGAGAGUUCUCCGGCUUCAAGCUUUUCUUCAUAGCUUCUGGGAGGGAAAAGUGUCUGUCUUUUUUUUUCUUUUUUUUUCUCCAUUUUUUUUCCUCCUUUUUCUUUCUAUUGCCUGGAAAAACCCCGUUGUCCUUGCAGGUAGCGCUAAGUAGCUGCCGAGAUCGGUUUCUCUGUGUAUCCUCUGGGUGAUGAGGUGAGCCCCGCCUACAGCCAGCUCAGCAUGGAGAGUGAAACAGACAACUCGCACAGCGCAACCGACAACGGAAGGGAAGACGAGGGCGGUUCAGCCCAGUCCGAGCCCACCUUUCCUCCCUACUUGUCCUGCAGGGGCUGCGGACAGCUCCGCGAUGAACCUCUGGGGCCGGGCAUAGACCUGGUCGGCCCUUACUGCCUUAGGUGCUGCAAAGCCUCCCGGGAAGCCAAAAGUACGGACUUCUGUUCCCCUUUCGGAAGCAUCAGCGGGAUCCGCGGCGGUUCCCAUUUGCAGCUCGAUGGCGACGGGUUGGGAAACGGGAUGGGUGACAAAGCACUGACGGCCGAGGACAAAUUGGCCAAACUGCACUCGUGCCACCUCUGUGGCUUCUCGUCGCGCUACGCCAACCACGUGAAGCGCCACAUGAAGACGCACAAUGGGGAGAAGCCCUUUAACUGCCCUCUGUGCACGUACGCCUCGGCCCAGCUGGUGAACCUGCAGAGGCACCUGCGCAUUCACACGGGGGAGAAGCCGUACAAAUGUGACAUCUGCACGUUUGCCUGCAGUUCCCUUGGCAACCUCAAGAGGCAUCAGCGCAUGCAUGUGCCCUGUGCAGGGCAUGGGCAGGACGUCCCGCCACGGCCUGCCAUUGGACAAAACAGCCUGAAGAGGCAUGUGACUGGGCAAAGACCCAAUGAAGAAGUUUCUUGUUCUUCGGCUAAGGUUUCAGAAGUUGCAAGACCGUCUUCAAAUCUGAGUUUGGGAGCCCAGAACAAUGACUACCUAUCAGCCUUCGAUGGCUUAAAGGGGGCAUCGCCUCCACCCAUACCAGCCUCGAACCCGGCUCCCGGCCACCAGCCUCCCCCGCUGCUGAACACCACCGACGGCGGCGGCAGCAGGGCGACCAGAGGGGGCGGAGCGGACGGUGCCGCCGCCAUGCCCUCGUCACUUUUCCCCUACACUUGCCGGUUGUGUGGCAUCGUCCUGGAGGACGAGGACGGCUCCUCGGCCCAGAUUUGUGCCAAGUGUACCCUUGAAAUGCUGACUAAAGACUCUUCGUCCUCUCCCAACAGCCCUGGCGAGCGCAGUGACAAGGUGUACACCUGCGCCGCCUGCCCUUUCCUCACACACUACCCCAACCACUUGGCGCGCCACAUGAAAACUCACAGCGGCGAGAAACCGUACAAGUGUCCGCAGUGCGACUACGCCUCAGCGCACUUCGACAACCUCAAGCGCCACCACCGAGUGCACACGGGCGAGAAACCUUACAAGUGCCAUUUGUGCGACUACGCCUGCGGGAACCUCGCCAACCUGAAGCGCCACCAGCGGGUGCACUCGGGCGCAAAGCCCUUCCAGUGUGCCGUGUGCAGUUACAGCUGCAACCAGAGCAUGAACCUGAAGCGCCACAUGCUGCGGCACACCGGAGAGAAGCCGUACAAAUGUCAGGAGUGCGGCUACACGACCGGACACUGGGACAAUUACAAGAGGCACCAGAAGAAGCACGGCCUGGCCACAGACGGAUGGGUCAAGGUCCCGAUGACUGGCACCGAUGAAGACGAGGACCUGAGGAAGGGGAUGGGACUCGCCGUUCCGAGUCACAGAAAAGAAUCGGGCGUCGACAUGCAGUACAUGUCGAGGGAGGGAGGCCAGACGCUACACUCGUGCUACAAACUUGAGAUUGCAUAAAAUAUAACUCAGCAAAACUAAGCUACCAGCAACUUGUUUAGUUUGUUUCCACAGAGCCUUUAUAUUGUUUGUGUGUCAAACUUUUCGUGUUGUCGGAUGUCUUCAGCGGCUGCUAAUCGUUUAUUUGUAGAAUCUCGCACAAUUUGUUCUGAAUAUUUCGAUUUAGUGGACGAGUGGACUUGUUUUUCUACUCUGCUUUUUGUGUCGGGACAAAUGGACGUCGUCUACCGUGGAAGCCCUUUGACCGUCUCAUUCUGUACGUUACACCCCACGAGGUUGAUUACAACAAUCUCAUCUCAUAUUACAAACGCAUAUCUGGUUAUUCCUGCGAGGACAGAACAUUACCAAAUACUCCUCAAUACACAUGUGCACAUCUUUGCCUGAACUGUUGAGCUGCACUGUUUCAUGUGCGUGUGUAUAUAUAUGUUUGUUUUGUUUAAUAGGGGGAAUUUGCUUUAAUUUUUUUUUUUUUAAUUCAAAGUUGUUGGUCUUAAAGGUUUAGCUCAAAUCUUUUAGUUUUGUACCAAAAAUCGUAUGUAAUAACUUAAAUGUUACUGACCGAUGAUCACAUUUACAUAACUUGACAUACUUGCUUCGUGAGGUUGUUUUACGUCGGCUACACGGUGCAGCUUUAAGUAAAGACGGGUCCUUGUAAGGGCCAAUUGUGUGCUUUGUUUGCAUUGGGGCACAAGCAGCAUGCCUUCAGAUUUAUUUGCUAAUGUAUGUACUACUAGCAGAGUGCUAUUUAAUUAUACUGGAAUUGUUUUACCCCCCCUGAAUGACAUUGAUUCAUUAGGUUGUGUUAACCUAACUCGGUGAUAUCCCGUGUCUGGAACGGCAUUGACAUUUUUGCCAAACCCCCUCAGGAUUAUAUCUCUGAUUUGGAAGACCUAUAAAGACUAUUUUAACACUAAAAUUGCAUGCGCGAGCAUUUUGAAAAGGCCCUCCUCAGUCCUCAUUUGGUUGUAUGGUUAAAUUAAAAAGCACAAUCAUACACACGUGGUUUCAUUUAAAAAAAAAAAAAAAAAUUAAAAAAAAGGUUUCAGACCAGGUUGUGUGGGGUGGGGAAGCGUUGGUCGACGUUUCCGGAGUAACGAAUUGUAACCGAGCAUGUUGUUCAAAGGAUUUCUUUCCUCUCAACCUUGUACUUUCUACAAAUUCAUUUAAAACGUUUAAAAUCAUUCUGGGUCUUUUUGUCACGUUGCUUCUGAUUUCCGUUCUACUGUCGACUGUGAAAUUAGCCCAUUCUCGUGUUUUUUACUUGAAAAAGAUCACACUAUUAGUAAGCAUGUGAGUGUGUAAUAAUUGUUUUAUUUUUCUAACGUGGCUGUAAUACACUGCUAGAAGUGCAUACUUUAAUAUAUAGAAAUGUCCUUUUUUUUUUUUUUAUCAAUUUGAAUGUGUCUUUUAGUUCCCAUGGGAAACAUAAUAGGGACUGUGAUUUAAGUUUACGCUCUUUUUCAAUUACUAUUAUAUGCAAGUGAGAUAUUUUUCAGGUCGCCAACUUGCCAUGACACAAUGGAGAAAUGAUUAGUACCGACAUCCCCCAAGUGUCUGUUUUUGUCUUUAUGCAGUGUCUCAUAAAUGCCUUAAGUGAAUAUUUUGAAAUAAACACAUUGAAUUCAUUUCAUUGAAUGUCAA